CAACCCCUCCAUGAACGGCAACGCCUCCCGUCCGACCGAGGAGCUGCCUUGCCUGUGGACUGGCUGCACCGAGAAGUGCUCGUCGGCUGAGGUGCUUUAUGAACAUGUGUGCGAGCGUCACGUCGGUCGCAAGAGCACCAACAACCUCAACCUGACCUGCCAGUGGGGCAGCUGCCGCACCACCACCGUCAAGCGCGACCACAUCACCUCCCACAUCCGGGUCCACGUCCCCCUCAAGCCGCACAAGUGUGACUUCUGCGGCAAGGCGUUCAAGCGACCCCAGGAUCUCAAGAAGCAUGUCAAGACCCAUGCCGACGACUCCGUGCUGGUCCGGUCGCCGGAGCCCGGUGCCCGCAACCCGGACAUGAUGUUUGGAGGCGGAGGUGCCAAAGGCUAUGCGACCGCCACUCAUUACUUCGAGCCUGCCAUGAACCCCGUGCCAAGCCAGGGUUAUGCCCAUGGCCAUCCCCAGUACUACCAGUCCCACCCUCCUCCCCAGCCCGCCAACCCCUCGUACGGCAAUGUGUACUACGCUCUGAACCACGCCCCUGAGGCUGGCCCCACCUCGUACGAGUCGAAGAAGCGCGGUUAUGACGCCCUCAACGAGUUCUUCGGCGAGGUCAAGCGCCGCCACUUCGACCCCAACUCGUUCUCCACGGUCGGACAACGCCUGAUGGGACUGCAGAACCUGUCUCUCCCCGUGCUGAACGGGGGCCCCAUGCCCGAGUACCAGGCCAUGCCCGCCCCCGUGGCGGUGGGUGGCGGAUACAGCCCGGGCGGCGCGCCGUCGGCCCCGGCCUACCACCUGCCACCCAUGAGCAAUGUCCGCACCAAGAACGACCUGAUCAACAUCGACCAGUUCCUGCAGCAGAUGCAAGACACCAUCUAUGACAACGACGACAACGUGGCGGCGGCGGGAGUCGCUCAGCCGGGCGCGCACUACGUCCACGGCAUGGGCUACCGCACCACCCACUCGCCCCCCAGCCAGCUCCCCCCCAGCCAUGCCGCGACCACCUCGGCGGGCGCGAUGAUGCCCGGCCAUGUCGCACACUCGCCGUCCGGCACCCCCGCCCUCACCCCGCCCUCCAGCGCCCAGUCGUACACCUCGGGCCGUUCCCCGGUCUCCCUGGCCUCGGCCGCGCGUGUCUCGCCUCCCCACCACGACGGCGGUAGCAUGUACCCGCGUCUCCCAUCGGCCACCAUGGCCGACAGUAUGGCCGCCGGAUACCCGACCGCGGCGAGUGCAGCUCCCCCAUCGACCCUGGGCGGCAUCUUCGACCACGAUGACCGUCGUCGCUACACGGGCGGCACGCUGCAGCGCGCGCGUCCCGAGACCCGACCCCUGAGCGAGGAGAUGGACCUGACCCACGACGGCAAGGAAGACGGCGAGCGCACCCCCACCGCCAAGGAGCGUGCUGCGUCCUCGUCGCCCGGCCGCAUCUCCGCCAGCCUGAUCGACCCGGCCCUCUCCGGCACCGCGGCGGAGGCCGAGGCGACGCUGCGGACCGCGCAGGCCGCGACGGAGGUUGCAGAACGCGCAGACGUGCAGUGGGUGGAAAAGGUGCGGCUGAUCGAGUACCUGCGGAACUACAUCGCAUCCCGGCUGGAACGGGGCGAGUUCGAGAGCGACUCCGAGGCGGCGGCGGCGGCGGCAGCGGCAGCGGCAGCGGUGGCCUCCCGCAGCGACAGCGGCGAGCGCACCCCCGAGGCCAACCCGGACACCCACAUGGAGGGCAUGGAGAGCUCGACCCCCAGCAAGGCGCAGGAGGAGGAGGAUGUGGCGAAGGCCGAGGCGGGCGACGCCGUGAUGUAUCCGACCCUGCGGGUGGACGAGGACGGGGACUCGAAGAUGCCUUAGCUGGCGGGCCUUCUUUCUCUUUACAUCUUCUUCUUCGGGAUUUACUAAUGCUUGUGAUGAUCUGGGCGCUCGUUCUUAUUCCCUGUCCACCUAGUCGUGGAAUCGCUUGUGAUUAUCUCUUCUCUUCUUUUCUUUUCUAUGGGCGACCUAGGGUCGUGUAAAUGAUGACGACGGUGUCUUUCUUUCUUUCUUUUCCCUUUCUUUCUUUUUUUUUUUUUUUUUUUUUUUUUCUUU